AUGCUGAAGAAAAACCCCCCACCAUGGGGAACAAAGAAAACUGAAGCAGUAAGAGCCUUGAAAAAGAUCGCACAAAUCCCACCUGCCUUAAAGAUCCCGGGAGACAGUAAAAGAAUCUUACAGAGGGAUGCUAGUGAUCAUUACUGGGGAGCCGUCUUCAUAGAAGAAAUUGAUGGAAUAAAGUAUUACUGUGGUCAUGCUAGUGGUCAGUUCAAAGAAGCUGAAAAACAUUACCAUACCACUUAUAAGGAAGCUCUUGCAGUUAAGAUGGGUAUCCAAAAGUUUGACUUUCACCUGAGAGGCCAUCAGUUUGAAGUCCAGAUGGAUAAUUCCUCUUUACCUAAGAUCCUCGAAUUCAAAAAUAAGAUGCCUCCUGAUCCUCAAACUCUUAGGCUCAAAGAUUGGUUUUCUAGAUAUGAUUUUAUUGUGAAACAUAUCAAAGGAAAUCAAAAUGUGAUUCCUGAUUUACUUUCUAGGCCUAUGAAACCCAUCCAGAUCAUUACUACCAAACACACUUUUCCUUUGAUUCUCAUGGUCAAACCAUUGCCAACCCGUGCCUCCAAGACCAAAGACUUUCCUCCAGGAAUAACUGUCUCCUCUUCACCCUCACAACUUAAGCAGUAUGCCAGGAAUAAUCUUUUUUAUUAUAUGACAAAAAUUAUAAGAAAUAAACUCCCUGACCAUACUCCUUAUUUCCCAGAAACACCAUUUCUCCUACCAAUUUUAAUAAACCCUAAUGCUAAAUUCACAAAAAACCAUUUAUGGUAUAUUUGGUGUGCCACUGCUUUAUAUUUUAUGCCUGUCCUCAUACCCACUGAAGCCAUGUAUGAAUACAUAAUGGAUCCGAAGAACCACAAAUCCUUGAUUUGGACUACUCUUGAAUGGUACUCUCCGCUAACAUGGUGGAGAGAUCAAUUAAAACCAAUCCUAGACGAGGUCAAAGAAAGGGGGUUAGCCUCAGAGGCUAUUAGCAAAUUCAAGACUGUUUUCUUCAUGCACAAGCCCUAUCAAACAGAUCCUGCCACUAAGUUACUUGGUUAUAAGAAUUAUGUUCAUAUAUGGGAAACCAUUGAUGAUUAUCCUCCAAAUCUAAAAGUCACAAGAGAAUUAAUGGAAUAUGUUAACUUCAUCAACCUCCAUGAACCAGAUAAGAUGAAUGCUAACUCCACUUGUAUAAUUCAUCAAGCUCAGUAUAAAGAUCGAGAGGUUAGAGAAAGCUCAGUUCAAGCCACACAACAAAAAGCAGAUUCCCCAAUGGAAGUUAAAUUCUCAGAAGGACACGUGGAAGAAGUUCAUAGAAAAAUAUCAGACCAUGCUUACAUGAUGGAUGACGUAUGGGAAAAAGAGACAUCUCGAUACGGAGACUGCUUUUCAGAAGAAUACUUAUCCGAUUAG